AUGAGGCCCUCUCAGAUUCUGCGAUCCGGUGGCGAUGGACCGAUUGGCAAGCAUGGAAAGUACUUGGGCGGUUGGGGUAAUUUGGGAUCCCAAACUCAGAAGGGCAUAGCAUCCUACGCUCUCAGCGCCAACGCCCAACGUCCUCUCGCCGGUACUCUCCACGCAGCCAUCUUCAACACCUGGAGACGAUUCAGCCAUCAAGUCCUCUACUUUGCACCUCCUCUCAUCCUAGGUUACGUCACGAUGCAAUGGGCUAUCGAGAGAAACGAAUACUUGAACUCGAAAGCAGGACGCGCCGAGUUCGGUGAGGAAGAAUAG